GAAGUCCCGCCCAUUCUUUUGACGCGGGCUUCCGGUGGUAAUUGGCGCUCCUGUCUGGUUUAUGUUCUUCAGUUUGAGAAGGAAAGGAGAAUAAGUCGUUACAGGACUGAUUGAAGAGGUUUAGAAGGAGAAACCUCGAGUCAGAGAAGACGCAGACCUUUCUCCUGCAUUUCUCAACACUGAGGUGGUCACGUGAAGCGAACCCCGGUACCUGCAAACGUCCCGUUAGCGGCAGUGAGUGGAUGGAAGUGUCCGAGUCUGUGGAGGUGAACGCGGAGUGUUUGUGUCCACAGAUGUGCUGAGCUGCUGGAACAUGGCUGACGGGCUCUACCGCCUGGACGAUGAAACCUUCCCCGGUUUCCUCGCUCAGUCUCUGGACGGCUCCGGCGGCCGGCCCACCCUGGGGAACGUGAGCCUGGGCACGGGUCCGGGUCUGCCCGUGGCCGCCUCCACGGUGGCUAAAGUUAGAGCGGGCUGUGGCAACAGAGGGGAAGAGGAGCUGUCGUUCCUGGAGGGCAGAGAGCUGCAGGAUGCAGGCUCACAUUCAUCCAUGGAAGAUCAGCCCAAGUUCACCCUGAGCUUCAAAGAUGAUCUAGACACGGCCGCUGAUUUCCUUGCUGCUCACCGCCUCUCAGAUGUGCUGCUGAAGGUCAGUCUGGAUGAGACCGCGUCCAAACGCUCCAUGCUGGGCCUCGGACCCACGCAGGCGGGCGGCGUGUCUGGAUGGCCUACAGAACUCCGAACAGAUUUGUCCACAGGGCUUCUGACAAUGACCCAGUUUGGACAGAGGGAUGCUGCAGAAACAAAGGCCGCCUCCGUGGUGGAUGACCCUGUGCAGAGCGAAGGAGUCGACAGCGACCGUUUCAGCAGUAACUCCAGCUUCCUUGCUAACGAAAAGCUCAUGUCUGUGGACAGCUUAAGCAGCAAUGCAACAGAUGAUGAUGACCUGAACAACCUGCCUGAAGAUGAGCUGGAGGUUUACUUCAACCAGCUGGUCCCUCUGUCAAUGCAGAGGGGCAGAGUGGAGGGUCAGGAGAUCCCUGUUGCUGGACGGGCUGGUGCUGCGCAUGAAUCCGAUUCCAGUUCUGUGGAGGCGGAACAGUACAGACACCCGUUUGUUGACGGUCAUGAUCAGGAAGACUUCCAGAUGCCCAACGUGCGCCUGGCUGCUACCGGAAUGGACUCCUGCCCUGCAAGUGAUGAAGACACCGAUGAUGAUGAUGAGCAGAAAUCUCCUCGAAGGAGCAGUUCUUCCAGGCCUCGGCUGCUUCCCAGCACAUCCCGGCAGCUGGUUGGAGAGAGUCACCGUCCAAGCUUCAGGCCGGGCCUGGAAGGAGGCAGUUCUGAUGAGGAGGCUUCCUCUGGGCGCGCUGCUCCUUCGCCGUCUGCCAUCGAGCACAGAAGAUCUGCUGAGGGUCAGGUCAUCAACCCCCCCAUCACAGGGAAUGGAGGAGGUGGAGAUGGCAGCAGUGGUAGUGAGGAAAGUGGGAAUGAUGGAGGAGUGUCCACCGUCCCGCUCAGCGGCGUGCAGACCACCUACGAUGCCUUUCGGGGUCUGGGGAUUGUGGGCAGCAGUCCUGCUGGUGGACAUGAGAACUCUGUCCUGAACAACCCUCUCAGACACGCACAGAUGGGUGACCGUGUAGGUCCUGUGGGAACUGGUGAGGCAAGUUCAUCUGGGGGCUCAGAGAGACGGUCCGUCAGUGUGAGCAUGACACACCGACAGGAGGCGCUGGUUCUGACCCGUGAUCUCGGAGACUUUGAAGAGGACGGUGUUGAUGAGCCUGAUGGUGCCAGGGCCUCAUUAGGCUUGAGGGGGGGCCCAUGUGGUGUCCCUGUGGAAACUGCUGCUACAGCCUCUGAUGGUGCAAGUGAGGACGAUGGUGCUCCACCCUCCACCUCCCUGGAGCCCAAAUAUUUCUCUCAGAGUUUCUUGGAGGAACAAGACGAGUCGGAUGAAUGUUGGAGUCAUUGCCCCGACGACCUGGAGCUGGAGUUUCAGCAGGGAGCCAAUGUCACUCAUGACAUCGUUUACAAGAAUGAAGAUGGCCAGUGGGUCACAGAUCUGGCCUAUUACUCCUGUUUUAAGGAAGAAGUUGAUGGGAAGAAGUUGGAGAACUCAGAGCUGUUUCAGUCUGAAGACUUCCUACCUGCCAGUGAUGCUCUGGAGAAGAUUGGGAAGGAUGAAGAAGAGUUUGAGAAAGAGCAUCAGUUUAUGCAGGAGGAGCAGAUUGCACCUGUCAGCAGCAACAGCUCUUUUCAAGGGGACUCCUCCUGGAGGAUUCCCCCCACCAGCCACAUCCACAUGAGGGCGUCUCAGGUCUCCUCGGACUUCCAGCAGACAGAUGAAAGCUACCUUCGGCUGUCUUUGGGGCAGUUUUUCGGGCAGCGCUCUGAAGCUAUGGGCUGUCUGGGCAGUGCUGAUGUGGAUGAUGUGAAACGGCCGUCUUUUGGGUACAUCAUUACCUCUCCAGAGAAGAGGGAACCAUUUGCACUGAUCUCCACAUCAGAGCUGCGGUCUGCAGACGGCUCGCCUCACAGUGACACUGCAGACAGAACUCUCAACCCAGAUGAGCUGGACAACACCCUCAAUGCCCACAAAGAAAGGAUCUCACUGCAAGAUGCUGCAGAACCUGCUGAGCAGGAGGUCUUACCUGCAUUACCUGAAGACGGGCGGGGAUCGGGUGCUGAACCAAGCCCAGGCAACCAAAGCUACGCCUCCCCUGGAAGUGAGAGCAGUCCGCUAACGCUCAGCAUCAGCACCAUUGCCUCAGCUAUUGCUAAUGCAUCCGUAAGCACUGACCCAUCCCAGCUGGCCGCGAUGAUCCUGGAUCUGACCAAGAGGAACAGGACCAAGUGUCUGGCGCCGUCCGCUGGCAGCAGCUCAGACGACCGCUCUGCAGCUCAGCAGAUCCUGUCUGAGGCGGAUCACAGAACCUUCCUGGAGACUCUGCAGGGCAGCAUCUGUGUUGGAGACAUGACUGGAUUUGACAUAGAGAAAUAUUUGAAGAAGGCAAAUGUUUCUGCCAGCAGUGACUCCUCUGAUGCACAGACCACUUUAGACUUGAGUGUUUGGGCUGAGUGUCUGAGCAGCUCCCAGAAGAACCAUCAGGGGCCUUCAGACACAAAACCUGCAGACAGGAAGAAGAGGAUAGAAGCCACCUACAGCCCCUCUUCAGUCUAUACUGAACCAGCAAACCCUAAAAGAAGCAUUGGACCCCCGGUUUCUCUCAGACACUCCCCAUCCAAGCAGAGUUACCCUGGAGACUUACGGACUUGUGGCUCUGCAGGCCCAACUCUAAUGGAAAAUGUUGAAAACAAAAGGACGUUUUCAGGAGCUCCAGAUCAGAGGGACACAAGUUUGCCUGAAACCUCCCCAAACUGGAGGAAAGGAGAGCUGGGCCUUUCUUUUCCCAAAAGUUCUCCUCGCUCGACCCAGCAGACUUCCAGUAGUUCCAGUGUCUCUCCAGAGGAGAAACCAGCAGCCACCAGUGCUUCUACUGCCCCCCCACAAACCUCUGCAGAGGAACAUGGAACCUCACCGGCACGAAAGCCUCCAGCUGACCCGGCCAAAGGCUUGUCUGAGCAGGACAUGGAGGAAUCUCAGUGUAACUUCAGACCAUCCACCUCUCCUCUCACCCACUCCUCCCCCAGUCAGACCUCCAUUCCCAGUGCUGACAGCUUGGCUUCUCCUUCAGCCAAACGAGGUCCUGCAGACAGGCGUGCUGAGCUCUCUCCUCAGUCUGUCUUCUCCAGUCCCAGCCUCAGCAGGCUCACAUACGUCUCUGUGAACGACAGCACAGUGAUACCUUCUCCAGAGAAGAAGAAGAAUAACUCCACCAUGGUGCUGAGUACCACCAUCAUCAGGUCCAGCCCCACUCCUCCUGUGGAGCCUGAAGCACAGCCUGACCUGAACCCCCCUGGCCUCAACAACAUUCAGCCGCAGCAUUCCAAAAGUCUGGACCCCCUCCCUGCACAGCAGUACAGAGGUGCCGAGCCCCCCCGUUCAGGCUCCGCUCUGAGCUGCACCCGCAGUCAGAGCGAGUGCAACCACCGCCGUGGUGCUGACGGCUCCACAGGCUGCAGGAACCACCAGCACCUUCCUGACGUCAACGCUGGGCAGCUCACUAAGGUGGACUCGGGCUACUGCAGCAACCUGAACAUCCAGCAGAGCAGCAGCUCCGGAGCUGCUCUGAACUUCCAGCAGUGGCCGGCAUCGGCGUGUGCCGAUGGACUGGGUUUACCUCAUUCCCACUCUGCAGAAGGCCUGCAUUAUGUGCCCAUUCCCAGCUUCAAGCCCCAGUUUCCUGGGAUGGCUGAGCUUUCCCACAAAGCAGAUCUUCAGUCUCUUCUCUCUGGACACUCGCUCUUCAGCUCCCAGCUGCCUCAGCACUUCUUAAGAGCUGGAGCUUUUCCUGUGGGCCCAACAGGAAACCCUCUGUACAGCGUUCCGUCUACAGGCAUUCAAAGCAGUGAUGUCAUGAUGCGAGGCGGUCCUCCUUCAUCUACUGUACAUGUUACCGCUGGUUCUGCUGUCCCUCAAUGCCAGCAGGAAAUGGGAAUGAUGGGAAAACCGUGCAGUCAGUUCAGGAGAGAGCCUCCUGUAGCGAGCAGUCUCGAGGAGCUGAGAGGUCAAGUGGUGGUUCCAGAGGAGCUUCGCUUCCCUCACGCCUGCUGUGUAGGCAUCGCCGCUCAAACUUCCCUCAGCCUCUUCAACCCCUCAGAGAGAUGGCAGCAGGUGUCCAUCACUGUGGUGAGCCUGGCCAUCGAUGGAGAGAAGGUGGACAGCCUGCCGUACCAGUGUAUGAUGGUGAAGAACAAGACUAUCAUUGCCCCCAAGACUACCGAGGAGCAGAAGGUUCUGUUCGUCCCACCGCGAGCUGGUGUCUACCAGAGUGUGCUGAGGGUUUGCUCCUGGCCCGUGUCUGCUGACAUGGAGCUGGCCGCCCGAGCAAACAUCUUUGCUCAGAGUGUGGUGCUCCUGGCCGAAGCACAGAACCCCAUGAUCGAGGUUGAAACGAGUGAAACUGGUGGUUUGGACUUUGGAGACCUUCCAGGAGGCAGCGCCAAGUCUCUCCCUCUGCGGUUGCUCAAUAGAACUCGGGCCACAGUACCCAUCCGCCUGGUUAUAAGCGCAAAUGCCACAGCAUGGCGAUGCUUCAGCUUCUCCAAACACCCUUUGACCACGGCGUCCGAGCCGGCCCCUGGACCCGCCAGCCCGCUGCCCGCCCCCUCAGUGAUGAACCAUGUGAUGCAUGCCAGCUACAGAGAGAAUCACGACAGUUUCAUGGUUUGGGUUCAUUUUAACUCACCUCAGAAAUACACGUCGUCUUCAGCGGAUCUUGGGCCGGCGCAGGAGUAUGCUGCUCGUGUGGACAUCGAGGUGGACUCUCCUGGACCCAGUCAUGUCAUCAGAAGCGUCACCCUAAAGGCCAGAUCUGGAACUGCAAGAGUACAUGCUCCAAAAGAUCUACAGCCUCAGCUCCAGAGUCUGUUCAGCCCUGAAGAGCGGCUCACGCGACACGGAGAGCUGUCCAUCCAUCCCAGAGAAGACAUGACGGUCCACCUGCUGUUUGCUCCCACCAGAGUGGCAUGCAUGCUGGCCAAGCUGGAGAUCAAGCAGUCAGGGGUCCGGGCCUCUCAGCCCGGGGUCAAAUUCACCAUUCCACUGUCUGGUUACGGCGGCACCAGCAACAUCAUUCUGGAGGAGCAGAGGAAGCAGGCGGACGGCUACGUGGCCACACUGCCCGAUGUUGCAGCUGGUCACGUCAGCAAAGUGUGUCUGAGCGUGAGGAACACCGGCUCCAGAGCGGCCUUCAUCAAAGCUGUGGCCUUCUCCGAUCUAGCAACCAGAACUCCCAUGGAGCCCUCUGUGUUGAGCCUAGCCCCCUCACAGUUUGUUCUGAAGGAGAGGACGCAGGAGGUGAUCACAGCCCUGAUGAGGUCCACGCAGAGGGAGCAGAGGCUGUCCCGCUCCGACAACACCCCGCUGGCCACAGUCUGUCUGCUCUGUGGAGAUGAAGUGUCCAGACAGCAGUACAGGCGAUUUCUUCAGAGUCAGCCUGAGGCUGCAGGGAAAGUCCUCUCUGACAACAGCCUGCUGAGAAACAUCAACUUCAAUGAAACCUUCCUGGGAGAAGAGACGGUUUCAGAGACGUAUGACCUGCCCCAGCGGCCCAACGAGGCCCACCUCUUCUACAGCAGCAUGAGUAAGGUGUUAGUGUCGCUGCUGGGAAAAGCACGACACACUGAAGAGGACCAGCCUUCCUCCAGACUCUGCUCCGGGGCAGAUAGUGGCAUGUCAAACGUGUCUCUGGAUGUGCUGCCGGUGAAGGGCCCCCAGGGUCUGGCUCUGACUGUUUCUUCUCCGGAGGCCUCUGAAGCCGAGCCCACGAUGUCUGACUCCUGGACCAUCCACCCACAGCAGAUCGUCCUUCCAGCCCCCAGCAUCAAUGGACCCUCAGCAACCAGGCAGGUUCAGAUCCAGAACAAGUCCUCCAGAGAGCUGAACUUUGACCUGUCCUGGCCGGCUCACUGCCUCACCGUGACUCCUCAGCACGGCCUCAUCCAGCCGCAAGGCCACCUGCAGAUUUUGAUCAGCCCUAACCCCUCGCUGGCCUCCAGAGCGGCCCUGCUGCCAUGGAGCGGGCAGAUCUACGUGGGGACUGAUGGUCAGCACAAGUUCAUCAAGGUGCAGAUACGGAAGGAUCUGGCUCUGGAUGUUUCUGUGGCCCCAGCAGAUCCAGCCUUGUCAGCUUUGCCCGCUCAGGCUGCAACCCCUGUAGCCCCGCCUGGAACGCAGUACACGCUGACUUCACACUCUCCUCAGACGCCUGCAGCUCUGGUGGAAGUCCCAAACAAGACCGUGGUCUUUCCUGCUACUCUUUCUGGAGAGACUUCAGAGACCCAGCUGGAGGUGCAGAACAGAGACGUGGAAGUGAGGUGGUACCUGUCAUCGUUUGCCCCUCCUUAUGUGAAGGGAGUGGAUGACUCUGAAGAUGUUUACCGAGCCACCUACACCGCUUUCAGAUGUUUGAGAGUGUCGGGAACGCUGGGAGCCCACGAGAAGACACAGAUUCCUGUGACUUUCCUGCCCAGAGACAAAGGGGACUAUGUCCAGUUCUGGGACCUGGAGGUCCACCCUGUGUGCCAGCCUCAGCAGAAGACCACCAUUCGCUUCCAGCUCUCUGGAACGGGAGUGAAGCUCGCCGGCGGGGAAGGCCCUCAGGAAGGAGACUGUUCUCUGGUGAAGACGGACGCUGCAGUGAAGAGCAGGAAGAGGCCUGAAGCCUGCAGAAGCAGCCCAGAGGAAGCUCUGCGGAGAGGAGUGUAUUCUCCUCAGGAGCUGUACACGUUUCCUGACACGCGGGUGGGCGGAUCCAGCACACUGAAGGUCAACAUCCGCAACAACUCUCCUGACACACACGAGCUGAGUUUUGUCAAGCCGAGGGAACCCUUUCACAUCAAGCAUUCCAGAUACUCCCUAAGAGAUCAGCAUUACCUGAAACUUCCUGUCCAGUUCAAGCCCCGCGCCAGCGGCCGCCACACAGCGCUGCUGCUCAUCCAGUCUCAAACCAGUGGAAGUCUGGUUAUUCAGCUGGCUGGUGAGGCGCUCCCGUGAGGUCCCAGCCCACAUCGCCUCCCUCUCCACGGCCAGCUGGUUCUGGUGCAGAUCAAUGUAAACGGACCUGGAACGAGGGUUUUCCAAGCAUCACACAGAUGUUUCCUCAUGAGCCUCCAGAGAGGCUCUGGUGCCUUCAGACAUCCUGUGGAGGUAGAGUGGUCAUAAAGCUGGAGGGGUUCAGUCUGACUGGUUCCCAGUUUGCUUCAGUCUCAGUCUAACAGACUUCAGCUGCUGUGUUUCAGUCGGGUCACAUGGCAGCAGUAGCGUCAGGCAGCUGUGGAAUCACACCAGAAUGAGGCUGUUUGUUUUAGAAAAAUCUGCUCUCCUGCAGUCUUCUGGUGCUUAAAUUAGAAAGUCAGAUAAAGAAAUCUUAGUGUGACCAGGAAUACAGUAAAAAAAAUAAGUUAUGAAGGAAUGGGAUGCUUUCAAACGCUCCUAGUCUGUAAGAUUCUAUAAUCCUCUGUGGCGUCCCCGUUUCCAUGGAGACGACUCUCCAUCAGCAUGAGUCCUGAUGGUGAGGCCUUUGCUGUUGACCUCCCCAGGCCUCCAGUGCUCGCCUUAACCUCCCUGAUGUGUUUCAUGCAGUCCUCCAGCGUCUCACAGCUGCAUCAGGAUGCUGAGUGACCGUUGUUACACCGCAGCCUCCCACUGUGGUUACCAUGGUGACAUGGACGGUCACUGCUUCAGGAGCAGAACUUCAUCCAGCAGUUUAGUUUAAGGACGAGCUGCCCAAACUAUGUAGUUUGAAUCUCUCCUGCAGUGUGUUAUGAAGCUGCACUGAAAGAAGCAAAAAUGAUCCAAUAUGUGGUUUUGACUCAAUAUGAACACUAAUGUGUUAGUCUUAGUUUUCUACUGUGGAAUUAUAAUUCACACUAUUAUGUUUGUAUGUAGACUUUGUACAUGUUUCUGGGUAAGAAGAGUUUCCGUUUUUAUUUUUUGAGCCACUUGAAUUGCAGAUGUAAUUUAAAGGAAUAUGUGUUUGAAUUUUGACCAAUAAAAAUGUUUGUGUCUGUA